AACUUAUCCUGUAACCAUGCCACCAGUAUAUUAUAGAUGAGAAUUAAUGUUUGCAGUUUGGAGAAGCAUUAAAUUUGUAGUUUUACAUUAAGGUGAAGUGCUAUGCUGAUGAACAUAUGGAUUUAGUUGCCAAAAUGCAACAUGAAGCUAACCAGCCUGUGACAACAACAACAGUCUAAUAUAAGCCGAAUGAAAACAACAUUCAGCGACAUAGGAAUAUCGUUACAUGGCUCAUUUCAAUGGAUAAUCAGAAUAGACUGAAUAGAUAAAUCUUUUAGAGAGCACGGGACUGUAAUAUUAGCAAUACUGACAUGAGCACUCAACACGUUCAAAAACAAACAGUUGUCCAUGCCAGUGGAUAUAAGACUUUAAUGUGUCGUGCGUUUACAGAAACAGGAUAUUGUAAAUAUGGGGACAAAUGCCAAUUUGCUCAUGGACCAAACGAACUUAGACAACGGAAGCAGCACCCAAAUUACAAAACUGAACUAUGUCGCACAUUUCACAGUAGAGGAUUUUGUCCAUAUGGACCUAGAUGCCAUUUUAUUCACAAUGAGGAUGACAGAAAUAUUCACGUUUCUUCGUCCCCUGCACAAAAGGCUGAAGAUGUCUUUUCCUACAACCCUUACUACAUGUACCGAUUCAAACAGGCUUUGAGGAAAGGGAAAGAGAAAGAUAGGAGAAUUCGCAUCAAUAUUGUUGGUAACUAUGGACAAGGCAAAACGUCUUUGGCAAAACGAUUAGCUGGGCUCACAUGCGAAGGAGUAGAAGCAACAAAUGGUAUUGAAAUAAAUUUAUACAAAUGCAAAUCCGUAACUGGCAAUAGAACAAUAGAACGGAUAGAUGAUGAAGAGCAAUACUUUAUUAGUCGCAUGGCAUCCGUUGCACGUUCAAUUUCUACAGAGGAGGCCCCAUCUGUUGUUUCCGUAGCUAGCUCAAGUGGAAACACCGAAACAAUUCAAGAUAAAGAAAACUCUGUUGGAAAUUACGCAGAGAAAGUAAUUGUUAACUCAUCUACAAACAUUUCAGAACUUAAAUCCUUUGCAGAUGAAAUGGAGUCUGGAGAAAAUCAAGCGCAAGCAGUACUAGAGUUUUGGGACUUUGGUGGUCAGUUUAUUUUUUAUGCUACCCACUCGUUAUUUCACAGUAGGAAAGCAAUAUAUCUCUUAGUUUUUGAUUUAUCAUCACCUUUGAAUACUGUAGUCAAGGAUGAAGAUUUCCUUUGUAAAGAAGACGAAAAAACCAUGGAACAUUAUGCAAGAUUUUGGAUGGAAUCAAUCCAUGAUUUUGUUGGCCCAGAACCGCCUGUUAUACUUGUCGGCACCCAUAAAGAUAAAUUACAUGGCGAUGACAAAACGAAACAAGCUGCAAAAGAUGAAUAUUUUGAAAAUGUCAGACAUCUCUUUGAUGGCACAAAGCUGCUAGAUCAUAUUCAAGAAAAAGAUUUUGCUGUUGCAAACCUCGAUCCAUCAGAUGCUGGCGUACAGACUCUUUUGCAGGUGAUACUUGAGAAAGGCAAAGAAAUGACGGAGACCUCUGAAAUUCCAGCGAGAUGGAUACCUUUAGAAAAACGUUUGUAUCAGGAAAAGCACAAGAAAGUCAUUUCGUUCCAAGGAGUUAGAGAAAUAAAUGAAAGCAACGACUGUCGAUUAGCAGACGAUGAGGAACUGAAGCUUUUCUUGCUGUAUCAUCAUGAAAGGGGAUCUGUGAUUUAUUUUGACGAAGAACCAGUAUCAGAACACGUGGUUUUGGAUCCGAAAUAUUUGGUAGAUGCUUUCAAACGCGUUAUUACACCAGACAGAUUUCUAACAAAGAACCCAUCCUUACGAAAAGAGCGUAACAGCUUAAUCACAAAGGGACAACUGAAACCUAGACUUCUUGAUCAUGUCUGGAGUGAUGGCUUCAGUGAAGAUCGAAAUGUUCUUCUUGAGUUCCUGAAGAAACAUCAUAUCAUAUCUCAAGUUGUAGAAUACGAUGCGAGUUCUGGCGUUUGCUGUGAAAAAGCAUGGUUCAUUGUUCCAAGUUUGCUUAAAGACCACAGUCCAGUAAACAACACGUUGCUGCUGGAAUUCCUCGCUGGAAAGUCACAGACUCAAGUUCGCUUUGUGAUGCAGUUUGAAAAUCCUAGAAUAGUUCUGAUUGUGUACCAUAAACUGAUAGCUGCAUCUCUGGGAAAAUGGCCUGUUGUCAAACUAGGCAAAACGAAAAUGCUAUUUCGAAACUUGUGCGUGCUACAGCUGGGAUGUAAUUACGCUGGUAUCGCAGAGCUGAAGAAUUCAAGCAUAGAACUACAAGUUUUGAAUUUCUGUAGGAAACCAAUCAACCAUGAAGUGCCAGAUAGUUUUAGACGUUUUGCAGAAUCUAUAGUCAUGUACGAGUUUUGGAAACUGAAGUCUGAAAAGGACAAUAAAGAUAAGUCGUAUUCCCGUAAAUACAGAUGUAACCAUUCAAAACAUGGCCUAGAAGGAAGUCAUCGCACCAGAGCUAUAGAGCAGUUAGAGAGUACAGAUAUGAUACUAUGUCCAGAUAACUAUUCUCAUCAAGAGUGUGACCGUAGCAGAGCAACUGCGGAAUGGUAUCUCGAAAGUCAAGACCGGUUUAUUUUUCCAGAGGUGAUCUUGUGUGAGAAAAGCCUUAGUAAAUUGGCCUCAGCGAUUGGCGAGAACUGGGAACUUUUGGCACCGAUAUUUGGUUUAAAUAGAGCAGACAUUCAUCACAUUAAAGAAGAUAACCCAGGUACUGUUAUGCGCAUCUAUAGCAUGCUUCUAAAGUGGAAAGAUAAUUGUGAAGAUAAGGCAACUUUAGAUGUAUUCGCUGAUGCGUUGAAAAGCUGUCAAGGCCUGUAUGUUGAUUGGGAUGUUGUAAAAUCUUUUACAGACACAAGCCGAUCACAAUCCAAGAUACCCGGUUUAGUAUUGACUGACAGUAAACCGGACAGCUCCGUGGAAAUAGUAGACGGACUGGAGCCUCUGAAGAUUAUCCGUUGUCUGACAGACAGGUUUGUUGAAAGUAUGCCAUGCACAGUUGACUUUGAAUGUGAGCUUAACCAGGUUAUACCCGUACAAUGGUAUCAUAAUGCCCGUCUGAUAGAACCUUCAAGCAAGCACGUGAUGUCAAACGAAGGGACCAGACAUAAAUUGGAAAUAAGGGAUGUUUGCAGUAAGGAUGAAGGAAAAUAUGUUGUCACUGUCGCGGGGCAAAAAUCCUCAGCAAACCUCACUGUUGACGAGACAGAAGAAGAGACGGAAUUAAGACGACUUGCCGAAAAGGAGAAGAUAAUUAACGUGACUAGUUCCAGUCAAUCAAAUGUAACCGGGGAAACAGCAGCGCCAAUCUCAUUAGUGUUUCCGGCGACUCGGCCCAAAACGGUCCUUUCUCGUCAACCAGUCCCAGAAAAGCUGACAGAAGAGGAAAGGAAUAAGAGGUUGCGAAAAUAGAACAAAAUCGUCGGGCGGCGGAAAAAUGCCGUGCCAAAAAGCGGAAAAUGAGCGAACAACUGGACGCUGGGAUGCAGCGUGAGCAGGGAAGAGCAAAAACGCUUGCAGUAGAAAUUGAACUGAUGCAGAAAGAAAGGGAAAUGUUGAUAAAACUUUUGAAAAAUCACAAUGAUGCAUAUAAAAAUUGAAAAGGAAGCGAUGUAAUUAGUGGCAGUUAAAAUCUUAACCUAUUAAACAUUUGAUGAUUGUUACACAGCCAACUUGUUAAACUUGGCAAUUGACAAAAUGAAUGUCUUUGUGUAAAAUUUAAAAAUAUGUCAAACUACCUUUAUACUUUGCUAAGUCAUCAAUUACACUAGAUUGAAAUAUAGCACAAGAUGAAAAGUCCUGGAAGUGAUAAAUGCAAAAUAAUUGGUCCUUUGCAGUUUGGAAAUUUGGACGCUUAGGAGCUGAUAUAGUGCUUGUUAUGAAGAACGCUCCAAAGUUCCGUUUAAAGAUUACAGGCCAAUUCGAAACCGCUUUAAAAUCCGUACAAGGUGAUAUGAAUAGUUCUUUUAUCAUCAGUCAGCGUAAGAACCUUUCAGGAAUGCUUUACAUGAAAUGUAAAUAAACACAGUUAAAUUGACUGGGCUGUUAGUUUAAUCAUCUUAUUGCUUACAUAUACAUGUAGAUAUUAAAAUAAAGUAAAUAAAGCAAAAGGGUUAGGCAAAAGUUCUUAUAAUAUUAUCGAUUGGCUUUCCACUAGGAAGAAAAUAAACAUAUAUAAUUAUAUCA